AUUGCACCGACAUCCUCAGUCUCUUCAAGUCCUUUGCCAACGACACAUUCAUACACUCAGUGUUUUAUUUUUCACUUCUUGCUUACUUAUUUACUUAAUGUGACAUUUUUUUUUUUUCAUUUACUGUUUUUGUUUUAUCAAUUGUUUGUUGGAUUUCAUGGAGACCAAGAUGUUGAUUAAAUUAAGGUUUUUGCUCAUUGUGACACUCAUUUUGACUCAACGAAAGCAUCAAGGUGGUGCGCGAGGUGAAGAUGCUCUUCAGAUUAGGCAAACGUUGACUGGAAGUUCUCGAUCGAGAUCAGAAAGCAUCAACAAAACGGAUAUGUUAUAUCCUGAACAUCAAAUACCGGCUACUCUUCAACCUGGCAAUCCAUCCAAGUUUUAUUAUCUCAGUCAUCGCGAUGGACAUCCUUUAACACUCAUUGUUACACCUUGUGCUGGACCAAUCGCUUGGACUGUUACUUGCUUUGAACCUCCUGUUGAUAAUCGUCAAAGUGGAGCAUCUGAAUCAUUGACACGAUGGCCCGUAAACGCUCUCAUUCCGGGAUCACCGUUAUUCAGCUACGAAGGCGAUGAAGCGCAGAACUUUACGAUUCCAAGAGUACGUGCGGGACUUUAUAGGCUUGAGAUAAAAACUAAGACAGAUGCUUACAAGAUCGAUCGAUCGCCGAAGACGGUGUUGCUCUAUGCGACCUCAAGUGCUCUGGAUCAUCUUCCAGUGUCGUAUGAGAGCACUAGAGGAAAGAAACACCGAGCAUUACGCUUCCAACCACGUAGAAGUCGACGUAGACUGACAGUUUCAUGGAGUAAAAGCCACGUGGAUCCACAUAUGUCGAAUUACUGCUUAGCUGUAACAUCUGGCACAGCAAUGCAUCCUCCAACCCUUUGUGCUGCUCAAAAUGUCCUACAGAUUCAUUCUCGACCUAUCAAAAGUGGUGGAUCUUCUAGAGAAUAUCAACAUCGUGGAGUUCCUGAAGGUCUUCACUGCUUUAAUCAAACUAAACUUACUCUUCAUGGUCUAAAGUACAACACGACAUACGAUUUUUCUCUUUAUGUGAUAAGUGCACGAAAUAAUGUAUCCACCAGGAUAUCCACGGAGUCAUUUAAAUUUCGAAAAACUCCAGCUCAAAUUUUACGAACUGACCGUUAUGUAACGGCGAAUCUUCGUAAAUAUGAUGGAUUCAUAAAUUUUCAAUAUCAACCUCCUUAUAACGGCACGACGGAGUUUCAUAUUUUACCGUGUGGCGGAGGGAUAGUUAGAGCUAAGCUUCGAGGACCAUCUGGAUUUAUGAAGAAAAAAGAAGUAGUUGGCCACGCAUCCUUAAAAGCACCCUCGUUAGAGCCAGGAAAACGAUACAUGCUUGGAAUAUACGCAACUCCACAGGAAUUAAUAAAAGUAUCAUCAGUCAAGGUCUUGGCAACUCAAGAAGGUGCAAUUCUAUAUCCAGAAGUACCUUCGAAGAGUACACCAAGAGAAUAUCGAUCUUUGAGAAAGUGUCAUGAAGUAACAGUGGGCGUAGAGCCAGCAGGAGCUGCAAAAUAUUGCGUUCUAGUUCGUGAACUCCGAGGCUCAACUUCAAUGAAUGGAAUAGCAAGUAUUCCAGAUCAGUGUGGUCUUCAUCGUCGUCGUAGAUCAGAAUACACACGCGAAGAAUGUGAAGAAAAAUUGAAUCCUACAGAAAAUCGAGCUCUUUUAUUCACCAUCAACAGACUCCAACCAGGAAAAGCUUACAUAGUUCAAAUAACUGCUCAAGUUCAAGGUCAAUCAUUGUCGUAUCCAUUAAUAGGAGUGCGUACUCGGAGAAUGUGUCAAUCUUAAAGGAAAAAUCUUCAAUCCCCUUUUGUACAUAGAGUGUGUAUGCCUGUGUGUGAUGAGUGUAAAAAAUGCGUGAACGUUUGUCAUCAUAAUUAAUUUCCUAAUUGCUGUAUUUUUGUACUUCAUUGAUCGCUAUCGUGAUCAUCAAUCGUAUCGUAAAUAAUAAUUAUCAUAAUAACAAUAGUAGUAGUAAUCAUCAACAGUUUUAGAAAAUAAGAUAAAUUAUAAAUCAAUCAAGUAAGAUAAGAUUUAAUAAAUAAUAAAACCAACGUCACUGUUCAUCCAAGCAUGGAGUAUAAACAAAGGCAAAACCAUAUGUCACCCAGAAGUCCUUCAUGUCCACUGUAUAGCAUAAAACAUCGGUUAUCAACCAUCAAACCUACAGACCAUUAAAAGCCACGAAUCUCUCCAGUCUUAACUUACACACAAGUGUCUAUUUCGGGAUCGUUUACGUUAGGAAUAUUGCGUGGAUGAGAGUUGGAACGCAGAAAUUACAGAAAAGAAGAGUUCAAGUGGCAAAAAUGAACGGUUACUUUGAAAAC